UCAGUUAAAACUGACAAGCCGGUUUGAAAGUUGCCAAUAGCGCAACAGCCAAUCUACAGUUUGUUUUGUUACGCAAAUGUGUUUUAGUUGUGAUUUAAGAGUGCAGUUUUCUUAAUUUAGUGUAAAAAAAUGGCAGAAGAAGAAAGAAAUGGGGAAGAAACUGUGCAAGCAGAAGAAAAUGAGGAAGAAACUGUGCAACUUCGAACACUCACUUGGAAAAUCUUAAAUAAUCCUGAAUUGCAUGAGUUUUUUAAGAGUGUUUUUAAUCGCUGUGAUACAGAUAAAAACGGUCUGGUAAGCGUCAACGAACUGAGAACUUUUUUGGAAACGCAGGAAGAGGUUGAGAUUCCCGAUGCUGUAUUAGAGAGCCUUUAUAGGAAGUUCGAUAAGAACAAAGAUAGGCAACUAGACUUCGUGGAGUUCUUGGAUAUGCUUACAAACAGGACUUUCAAAGAAACGUUUUACAAUGUUGCAGACAAAAUAUUAAAAUUCGUUGUCCUCCCUCUCAAAGACAGAAAGACACCGCGGCUACAGCGGACCAUCACCUUUACUGGAGCCUACGAACGAGAGUUCAAAUGUAAAGAGAAUAUUCUUGGAAUGGCUGUAUUAUCCAUCAUUCAAAUAAUGUGUUUCUACGCAAAUUCGACGUCUAAAAGGGCCAAUGUGUUGUCUAAUGCAUUACGAUUCCAUCCAUGUAAGAAGAGGCAAGUUUAUAGAUACAUCACCUAUUUGCUGUUGCAUGCCGACAACAUGCAUCUGUACGGUAAUAUCGUCAUACAGAUUCUCAUUGGAGUACGUUUAGAGAUGGUCCACAGUUGGAGGGUUGUCGUGAUAUACGUGGCAGGAGCUUUGGGAGGCUGUUUAGCUCAUUCUGUUCUUGAUAGAUCAUCAACUUUGGUUGGCGGAAGUGGUGGAGUGUUCUCAUUCUUCACUGCUCACAUUGCUGCAGUCAUUUUGAAUUGGAGGGAAUGGACGCACCCAAUAGUCCACGUGCUCCUCUUCGGCGUAGUUGUCGUCUUUGAUGUAUUCUACAAGAUAUUUGGUCACACUGAAGUUGGAGAUGAAACCAGCUACUUGAGCCACGCAGGUGGUGCUGUGGUGGGCUUGUUAUUGGGCGUUCUCAUUUUGCGGAAUAUCAGACAAACGAAACUAGAAAACGAUUUGUGGUGGGUCUGUCUGGUAACUUUAGUUGCACUGACAAUAACUUUCGUUGUUUUGGAUUUUAAACUGCCCAUGGAAGUUGACUGUUGCCAUGUGAACAUCACCAUGAAGUCUGAGAAUUUAGAGGCUGUUAAUCAUACAAUUUUUAAUAGUUAACACACUUAAAUCUUUUGGUUAAUUAUAUCCUAAUGUAAAAGGCUGAAACCUGCAUGACAUAGUCAUUUAUAAAUGAUCUGAAAUAAUUUUUAAAUAUCUAAAGUGGCUAGCGUUUUGAUUACAGAGUAGAAUCUCUUCUAUCAAUAACUUAUUUAUAUAUCGGUUACUGUUUUGUAUACUGAGAUAAUACUCGAAGUUUCAGAAUGUCUCCAAUACUUUCUUAUACAGGGUGUCCCGAAAAGAUUGGUCAUAAAUUAUAAAGCUGAUUCUAGGGUCAAAAAUAUGUUGAUUGAACCUAACUUACCUUAGUACAAAUGCACAUAAAAAAAGUUAUAGCCCUUUGAAGUUACAAAAUGAAAAUAAUAUUUUUUUCAGUAUUUCAAAAACUGUUACAGAUUUUUUUUGAAAAUAGACGUGUGGCAUUCUUAUGGCAGGAACAUCUUAACAAAAAAUUAUAGUGAAAUUUGUGCACCCCAUAAAAAUUUUAAGGGGGUUUUUUCCCUUAAACCCCCAUAAACUUUUGUGUAUGUUUGUAUUAAAUUAUUGUUAAAGUAUUAUUAGUUAAACACAGUGUUUCUAAAAUUUUUUGCCUCUUAGUACUUUCUCGAAAAGCCAGUUUUUAUCGAGAUAUUUUGAAUAUUUGUCAAAUCCACCACCUAUUUGUAUAUGGUUAAGUACGAUUAUAGAGAACUGGUAAUAAUUUGAAAAAUCUAUAAUUUACAUUUUUAUAAUAUGAAAAUAUACUAAGAGGCAAAAAAGUUUUAAAAACACUGUGUUUAAGUAAUGGUACCGCAAUAAAAGUUUAAUUGGAACGUACACAAUUAUUUGGGGGGUUUAAAGGAACGAAACCCCCAUACAAUUUUUAUGUAAACAUAUUAAAAAAGAAGCCGGAUCUCGAUAAAAGCUGGUUUAUCGAAAAAAGACUAAGAGGCAAAUUUUUUUUUAAAAUAUAGUGUCUAACUAUUAGUACCACAAUAAAUAUUUAAUUGGAACGUACAGAAAAGUUUGGGAGGGGUUUAAGGGAACAAAAUCCCAUCAAAUUUUUAUGGGGUGUACAAAUUUCACUAUAAUUUUUUGCUAAGAUGCUCCUGCCAUAAGAAUGCCACAUGCCUAUUUUCAAUAAAAAAUCUUUUAACAGUUUUUGAAAUAUUGAAAAAAAUUGAUUUUCAUUUUGUAACUUUAAAGGGCUAUAACUUUUUUUAUGUACACAUUUGUACUAAGGUAAGUUAGGUUCAAUCAACAUUCUUUUGACCUCAGAAUCUAUGGUGUAAUUUAUGACCAAUAUUUUCGGGACACCCUGUAUAUUGAACGAUGUGUGUAGAAUAUUGAAAAUUUUAGAGAUGUGUACAUAUUAGUAAAUAUUAAAAGCUUUUUAGACUGUCACAAAAGAAAAUAAUGAGCAUGCAUUACGCCAAAUAGAUAGACGAACUGAUAUCACGAGAAUUGCACUAGACUGAAUCUUUUCUCGCUUAUUUUCACUUUCUAAUUCUAUCACAAUUGACGUUAUCACUUAUUAAGAUAAUAAUAUGUUAAACAUAUUCGCACUUUUGUAAAAUACAAAAUAUUCUCAAAAUAAGACACCGAUGUAUUCGUUAAAAGAAUAUAUAGCCGUAGUCUAAAACAUAAAGAAACAAACAAGUUAAAACAAAUCAUAAUCAGUACCUAUAUAACAUUUUUUUUUCGUUUUUUUUUGUAUUAUAGUCAAUUAGAAACAAAGUUAUUUAAGCCGGUCACUUACGGUACUGCGGUGUCGUUCGACAAAAUAGUCAUAUCAAUUCUGCAGUAUUGCAGCAGACGGGCCAGUCUCUCUGUGGUAGAAUUGUAACGAUUUUGUUCGAUGCACGGUCACACAAAUUCGACAGAAUUGAACGACGCCGCAGUAUCAUGAGUGGACGGCUUUAGGAAUGCAAAACAGCAGUUCAAAGUAGGCUAUAUUAUUUGUUAAACAUACCAUAAACCGUAACAAUAAUUCCAACUGUUUUAGAAUAUUUUCACAUAAACAAAUAUGUUUAUUUCAUUCUACCGGGUGUCCAGAAACUCUUCCGACAAAUGAAGACCGGAAAUUCCUCAGAUAAUUUUAAGACAAUUUAGCCCAAUUCACCUAGUCCGAAAAUGCUUCCUAAGGGAGCUAGAGCUCUUUGAAGAUGCUCUUCGAUUCUAUUAAUUUCGAAUUUCUAGUACCGGUCAUAGGCGUCUGUUUUGGGUACGGCAACAGUUAUUUUGUCUUAUAACUUUUUUGUCUUUAUUUUUUAACCAAUAUCUGACCCUGGAUUAUUAAAUUGUGAGAUAUUCUAAUACUAAAAGGUACUCUUGAUUUAAGUCGGUAGGAUUAACCGUUUUCUAGAAAAAUUGAUUUAAAAACAUUUUGUUUUUUGAAUUUGAAAAAAAAAAUUGAAAAUUUUUUUCAAAAUAAAACGACGUUUUUACCGACUUAAAGCAAGAGUAACUUUUAAUACUAAAAUACCUCAUAAUUUGAUAGUCUAGUGUCAAAAAUGCUUAAAAAUUAAAGACAAAAAAGUUAUGCGAUAAAAUAACCGCUGUCCUAUCCAAAACGGACGGCUAUGACCGAUACUAUAAAUUCGCAAUUGAUGGAAUCGAUUUUUCUCUGGAAGAUAAAUACGUAAACCGAUUUUUCGUUUUUCUAAAUGUAAGCGUUCUGGAGGUAUUUAAAAAAACUAAUUACAAGACGACUUCUUUAAAGAGCUAUAUCUCCCUUAGGAAGCAUUUUCGGACAAGGUGAAUUGGAUUAAAUUAUCUUAAAAUUAUCUGAGAAAUCUCUGGUUUUCGUUUGUCGGGUUUGUCCGGUGUUCGUUUCUGCACACCCUGUAUAGUUGAUGCAUGACCAAAAAAAAUUUUAAAGCAAACGCCAAUUAUGAGGUUACAAUCAAACUUGACCCACAGGCGAAACAAUUGGCAGCUCGGCAUUCAUUCAAUGGCGUAUCUUAAAAAUUAAAUGACUGACAAUAAUUUAUUUAAGCAAUGCCACUAGAAUGAGUGAAUCAAGCUUAAAAACCUGCACGACGAAACUUCACCAUAAAUGGCAUUUGCUGUAUUUUAACUUAUUUUUAAGUUUGACAUAGACUGAUGCAGUAUUCCAAAAAGCUGCUAAAUUACGUAGAUUGUAUUAGAAAAAAUGAUAAAAAUUAUGUAGUUAUACUCCAAUCGUAUUGUUAUACACUAUUAUUACUUUAAAUGUCUUUUAGAUGAUCUCUAUUUUUACUUAAUUUAUAAUAUUAUGGUUACUAAAGAAUCUUGCCUGUUUGAUACAAAAUAUUUGACGAUAAUAAUAGAUGUACUAUAAUUAUUCAAGAUCAACAACUCAGUAAGUGAGUUUAGAAAAGAAAAAAACCUAACAAAAAUUGUAGGUAUCUUUGUUAUAAGAUUAAAAAGGUUAAAAAUUUAUCUUGUUGAGACACCUGAAUAGUGUUAUAUAUUAGCGAAUUAUUUAAUAAAAAAUUGUAUUUUAGCACAGGUAUUAUUGCUAUGAUUCUUUUGUCUAAUUUAUAGAAAUUAAUGUUUUAUUUAUUUAUAAUAUGUUAGGAAGUUUAUACACGUUUUAGUUGUAGAAAGUUUUUUGUUUAUUUUUACAUUUAAAAAAUUAUGUAAAUAAAUAU